AUGGAAAGGAGGCUACGACAAGGAGAUCUGUUGUCACUCUUUUUAUUUGUGUUAGUUGUUGAUGUUUUUCAUCAGAUGAUCGGAGAGGCGGUGACAAACGGGCGCAUUUCUCCGUUUUUGGUAGGCCAAGAUCACAUUGAGUUGUCGCACUUGCAGUUUACGGAUGAUACUAUACUGUUCUAUCCUCCAGAGGAAGAGACUAUCAGGAAUUACAAGCGCUUACUGCGCUGCUUCAAGUUGAUGUCUGGGUUGAGUAUUAAUUUUGAGAACUCCAGUUUCAUUCCUGUUAAUUGUGAACAGCGUUGGACGAAGCAGAUGUGUCAGUUGUUGGGAUGUAAGGAAGCCUCUCUACCAGUCCGAUACUUAGGAAUCUCUCUGGGAGCGAACCCAAGGCUAGUUAAGACUUGGAAACCAGUGAUUGAUAAGGUGGAAGGAAAGUUGAGCUUGUGGAAGGCGAAGACCCUCAAUAAAGCGGGCAAGCUAGUUCUUAUCAAAUCUGUCCUCAAUAGCCUGCCUAUAUGCUAUCUCAGCCUAUACAAGAUGCCAAACGCAGUAGCGAAAAAGUUGAUCUCGUUGCAAAGACAGUUCUUGUGGAGCAAGGAGGAUGGGAAGAUAGGGAUGCCUCUAGUGAGAUGGGAGAUAGUGAUGGCUCCUAGGAAGGCGGGUGGUUUAGGUGUGGGAGAUGCAGUGAUCAGGAAUACAGCUCUUCUGUUUAAGUGGUAG